GCGGACCGGGCGACCCAGUGUGCAGCGAGAGCCGUGCUCUCUGUCCGGCUGACCCCGCGCCAAGCCGGGGCGGCUCGGGCCGCGGUCGCACACCGCGCCCGGUGUCGAGAGCGCAAGCCCCGAAGACCCGCCGCACUGACAGGGGGGCCUAGGGGCCUUGAAGAGAUGGGCAUUUCAAAGCAACAAGGGAAAGAUCUUAAGAAAACUACGGUCUCAUCUCCCUGGCCCACGCAAGUCUACAACAGUAGCAUGAGCCGCACCGCCUACACUGUGGGAGCCCUGCUUCUCCUCUUGGGGACCCUGCUGCCCACCGCCGAAGGGAAAAAGAAGGGCUCCCAAGGUGCCAUCCCCCCACCAGACAAGGCCCAGCACAAUGACUCGGAGCAGACGCAGUCUCCCCAGCAGCCGGGCUCCAGGAACCGGGGGCGUGGCCAAGGGCGUGGCACCGCCAUGCCCGGGGAGGAGGUGCUGGAGUCCAGCCAGGAGGCCCUGCACGUGACCGAGCGCAAAUACCUGAAGCGAGACUGGUGCAAAACCCAGCCGCUGAAGCAGACCAUCCACGAGGAGGGCUGCAACAGCCGCACCAUCAUCAACCGCUUCUGCUACGGCCAGUGCAACUCCUUCUACAUCCCCAGGCACAUCCGGAAGGAGGAAGGCUCCUUUCAGUCCUGCUCCUUCUGCAAGCCCAAGAAGUUCACCACCAUGAUGGUCACACUCAACUGCCCCGAACUGCAGCCGCCCACCAAGAAGAAGAGGGUCACACGAGUCAAGCAGUGUCGAUGCAUAUCCAUCGAUUUGGAUUAAGCUGAGCACACCCAGCCUGUCCUAGGGAUGCAGCCCCGGGCGGGCCCAGAGCCAGACCUAAAACGACCUGAUUCUUACUUGGCUUCAACCUACAGGCAAGAAGAACGGCCAGCUGCCUUCUGACAGGAGCCUGCUAGCGCGUAGUUUGUGUGCAUGAGUGUGAAUGGGUGUCUGGGGGCUUGCAGACGCCAGAGGAGGGUACUUCCUAUUAUGCAAACGUAUCCGCUUCCAUGGGGCUGGCACAGAAGGCCCACACCCGGGGGGGGGGGGCGGGGGGAGGCACGUGAAAAGGGGCAGGGCUGCGGUCAGGUUCUGCGGUGUAUUCCAUGUGCCCUUCUGGGGACCAGACUCUCCCUUCUGAAUGAAUGUUAACGCAAGAGGCUACUCUGAGCGCAAGAGACCUUGUUUUAGUGCUGCAUUCUACUUGGAAAGGGUAUUUCCACCUGUGCUUGCUUCUUCCCCUCCUCUUCCUCUCUUCCACAGCCCAUCCCUUCUUAGGAUCUCAGUGACUAUUUCGGUCUAAUUCCCUCUCUGCCAGGGACUCGAAAUUAGCUCACUUGACCAUAGACGUGACUUGUUUCUUAUUUUGGGAAGGGUCUCCCGACUUCGGGAGCCUCGUGGGCGCGCAAAGGGCAAGAAGGACACAGGAGGGGAUGGAGGGAGGGACGGAGGGGGAGGACCAGUUGGGCACAGCACAAGUUCCGUAGGGAGACCUGUAGAGUCUUGAAGGCCAACCCCCAAACACAGUGCGACCCAUGCUUCAGCGAGUUUUUCCCUGGUAUUUAACCAAAACCAAGUGAACAGAGGAGAAAUGAAAUUGCCAAAAAAUCACUAACUUUGGCUGUCACUGUGAUCUGCUGAAAUUGGCUGUAACCCGACACCAAACUUAAAACAUAAACAUUGACCACUCCUAUUUUCAGAACCCCGUGAGUGAGCAAAACCAAGACGACCCUCACCCCCCACUUCGCCCCUCAGACAGAAAAUAGAUGUAGUUCAGAGCACUCUAUGCAGGGAUAGGAAGUAAACAAACACCUCAUAAGCAGAAGGUCCUCAUAUCUUUCCUUUUGCUUGGUUGUAAUCCCCUCUUUCCCAGUUCAUUAUUUCUGUGUAAUGCUUCUGAGAGCCACAACCCUUACUAUAAAGAUUCUGCCUCUGCUGAGUGUCCCUGGCAGUGAAGAACCAGGCUAAGAUGGGGGAGUUGAGGGACUGCUUUAUUUGAGCUAGAAGUAUAUUGUGGGUCCUUUUGUUUUAGCUGUUGGUAGGAGACUGAGGUGGGGAGCAGAGGAGAAGAACGAAAGAAAGGUGAUUGCCUCUGGCUAAGGAGUAGUUUAAUGCCUGGGAGGAGGUAUAAAGGAUGUGUCCUCCCCUUCUUCCUUCGCCUUCUCAGGGUCUAAUGAGAAAUCCCAGUUAAGAAAUCAGAGCAUUUGGGGAAAAAAAAAAUCCAGACAUUUGGGUGCAUUAGCUGUCUCUCUACUGGUGGUGGGAUUCCGGUAACAUUGUAAUUGUUCAGAACCUACUGGUAGACCCCUCCUCUGAUUAAACUCGGGCUCCUUCCCAUCCCUGCUUAGGAUUUAUCUAAUGGCCAAAGUGCAGGGCAGGUGGACCUUACUGUAUUUUGGAUUUGGCUCACCUGUUCUCUUCAAGCCUGAGGUUUUCUAUGUAAACCCAUCCCCACCCCCCAAACACUUUUUUUUUUUUGCCUUGUACCUUCUCAUCCUUGUUAGCCAAGUCACGUGUGAUAUGGGAAACAAGAACCAUCGACUAGCAUUUUAGUUGCCCAUCCAGGCGCCAGCAUUGCACUAAAGAGGCUGCUUUUAUUGUAUUUUUUUUUUUUUUUUUUUUGGUGCAGCGCUCUCCCAUCUAACAGCUAAGCCAGAACCGUGCUUUGAGGCAGAAGUUAUCUUGAACACCCAAAAUAUUGGGUCGAGUUUUGAAACUUUUGAACUCACUACUGAUGAUUCCACACGAGACAAAUUUGUCCGAACACACAGUCCGUGUAUUUCGUGUACACUGUAUGCCCCUGCCUUAAAUCUUUCUAUCAUCCACAUCCUCCAACAAUAAAGCACAGAAUGGAUUUAAUUAAGCACACAAAUACUAAGCCAGAAUUUUGAGGGUGGGGGAGAGGAAAAGAAAGGGGAAGGAGCUGAACAUGUAAAACCACACUAGAAGAGGAAAAAUGACAUUUAGAACCAGCAGACACUGAAUUUCUCUUGUUGUUUUAACUCUGCCACAAGCAUGCAGUUUUGUUAAAAAGAGAUGACUUAAGUUGGCAGCAGUAAUCUUCUUUUAGUAGCUUGUACCACAAUCUUGCAUGUAAGUCGGAUUUGGCUUAAGUAAAGAGAAUUUCCUCAAAAUUAACUUCACUGGGAUAAUCAACAGCCUAACUACCCUGAAAAACAAACAAACAAACAAAAAACCAGCGCUAACCAAAGAGGGAAAUGUCUGCUUUUCUUACUUUGCCUAAAUUAAGACUAGCAAAGUAUGGUGUGUCUUCCAACAUUUAUUGAAAGUGCCAUGUCUAUUACAUGUUGUAUUGGAGUCACAGAUGAAGAAGUUGUUUUUUUCAUUACUAUAGUAGAAUUUUUUUAUGGCAAGAUAUUUGUGAUCUCAAUUUUUCCUGUUAAAAUAAUGCCAAACACCAGAUAUGAAUUUUAUGAUGUACACUUUGUGCUUGGCAUUAAAAGAGAAAAACACACAUCCUACAAGUCUGUAAGUUGUUUUUUUGUUAUUGUGGUUCUUCAAAGUUAAAAAUGUAAGUGAAAAAUCUGGAGGAAACGAUGAUUUCCACUGUGUGGAAUGUGAAUAGUUAAACAAAAAGUUAUGGUUAUUUAAUGUAAUUAUUAAUUCAAAUCCUUUGGUCACUGUGAUUUUGAGCAUUUGUUUUUUCUCCUUUAUUUGACUUCCUCUGAGUUGAGCAAAGAAGAAAGUGGCACAUUGUAUGUUGUUGGAGGCUUUUAUCAGGUCAGAGGGAGAUAAUAAAAUCUCGACACAUCUGAACAUGUGUUACAAGAGGCAGGAUCUGAGCUUUUGCUUUUUUUUAAUCAAAUGUUCCUUAAAGGUUAACAUUUCUGAAGCAAUAUGAAGAGAUAUUUUAAAUGUUAUUUUGGAAGACUUAUGACGUGUGUAUACAAAUAGCAGAUAAUAAUGAAUAGUUCACAAGUCCUUUUAAGGAGAAAAUCUAAAAUGAAAAGUAUAUGUACAGAACAUGUCUAAAUGACCAGUUAAUGCUUAAGAGUGGAAGGAGUUCUAUUGAUUUGUCAUUCUCAGGAUAUUUAAUAUCAACUGCAUUAUGUAUUAUGUGUGCUUUAAUCAUUGAAAACCAACAGAGGAUUAUAUAGACUAUGACUGAGUUACUUUGUUAUGUAUGAGGAUGAGAGGCGAUUUAAUAGUCUCACAAAAGUUAAUUUGGUUUAAAGCAAAGUUUUAUGAAUCUGUAACUAGAAUUUGAUUUUAAUCCCAAUUAUGUUCUGUAUCAUCUUCCCCAAAGAGCAACCAAUAAAUUGCAACUCUUCUCUCUC